UUUUUCUUUUAAUUUUUUCAUUUGCUUUUCUUUCGCCCAAUCAAUCUCUUUCUUUCUUUCUUUCUUUCUUUCUUUCUUUUCUUUUCAUUUCAUUUUGUUCAAACCCAAAGCUCACAGAUCCAAAAUCCAAAUCCUAUGUACCAAUCAACUUCUUCCUCUUCUUCCUCUCAAAAAUCCAUGUCCUCCGCCCAUGGUGGCGCCCCCGCCUCUGCUGGUGGUCUCACUCGCUACGGUUCCGCCCCUGGAUCUUUCCUGACAACAGCAGUCGAUUCUGUGAUUGGAACUCGUCAACCGGACUCCGCCGCCACGCUCCGUGCCCCGCCCUCCUUUGGCGCCCACUACUUCUCCUCCGCCGAUUCCUCCGUCGUCGAAUCCUCAAGGAAAGUUGUUCAGUCCUCCUCUACUUCCAACGAUCUAAAAUCGUCUUCUGCCACCGCCGCCGCCUUGAAUAGGUCGUACGGAUUCAAUGAUUUGGCGUUAGGGGAUUUCUCGACGGGUAGAAACUUCAAUAGUAAUGGUGGUCAAUCCUCUUCCUCUUCACCGUUGGUUCGCCAGAGAAGCUCUCCAGCUGGAUUUCUCGGCCAUCUCUCCGUCGCCGAACCAAACGGUGGGUUUUCAUUGACAAUGGGGGGAGGUGGAGGUGGAAAUGGAGGGGGAAGAUUAAAGAGUCAAAUGAGUUUCAAUGGGCAAGAUAACUCACUUUCUCAAAUCUCAGAAAUUAGUGAAAGUUUUGUAGAGGCAGCCAAUUCUUGUAGCAAUGGCCUUCAAAGCAACACCAAUUCAACGCAUUCCUUUGCUCCUUCUUCUGCCUUUGCUAUGGAUUCUUCUUGGGACACUUCUAGUAACUCCAUUGUCUUUGCUGCUCCUCAUGCUAAAAGAUCCAAGCACCAUUCCGAUGCUGACUUCUUCACCGGCCUCGAAUCUCAAUUUAGCUUGCCACAAACAACUCUAGAAAUGGCAGCUGUGGAGAGGCUGCUACAAAUUCCUGAAGACUCCGUUCCUUGUAAGAUUCGAGCCAAGCGUGGUUGUGCUACUCAUCCUCGGAGUAUCGCCGAACGGGAGAGGAGAACUAGAAUCAGUGGAAAAUUGAAAAAGCUUCAAGAGCUUGUUCCCAACAUGGAUAAGCAAACAAGUUAUUCAGACAUGUUGGACUUAGCAGUGCAGCAUAUCAAAGGUCUUCAAAAUCAAAUUCAGAAGCUUAACAAAGAGGUUGAGAAUUGCACCUGUGGAAGCAAAGAAUGCUUAUAACAUUUGGAAUAAUUUAUUAGAGUUGGAAAUAUGAAUUAUUCUACCUCAAAUUUUGCCUUUUUUUUUCAAAAGAAAUUGUUCUUUUCACUAACCCAAAAAAUUAAAAGAAACAAUAAAAGGUGGGACGAAAGAAAACAAGAAUGAGUAAAAGGGCAUUUUGGUUUGUACAUAAUAAUAUUGGAAGCAGCUCUCCAGCUCUAAUUAUUUCCCAAAUUUUAAUCACAAUUUUUUAGGUUACAUAAUGCAAAGUAACCUAAAAUAUUUCAAGUUUA